UUUAUUUAGAGGCUUUAUCUUACCCAAGUCCCUAAAUUGUGGUUUAAUUAGGGACUGAUACUGCUUCCACUGCGAGGCUAGAAAGGAUUUUUUUUUAAUGUGGAGCUUGACACAUUUUGCAUGAAUCGGGUGUGGAGUGAGUGCCAGGAAGUUGUGCAAUACGAGCCACAUGUCUUGUUCCGUUAUGGGUUGCUGUAUAUGAAGCUAGAGGACUAACUGGGGUGGCACUUUCCAGAAAAUAAGAGUGAUUCUCUGCCUGAAUGCCUUAAAGGCAUCAGAUCCUGAACGAUCUUGGAAGCGAAGCAGUGUUUUGGAUGAGGAAACACCAACAACAGAAGAAACCCCUAUAACAUUUGUGGGGUCAUAAAUUCACAGACAAAAGAAGCCUGCUUCCAAACACAACCAUGGAUACAAUGCCAGUCUUGCCCCAGCUGUCCAAUCCUUCCUCAAGCCAUGAGACAAAAUCUUCCUUGCCGCGACCAUUGAAGAAGUUCUAUUUGGGAGAACCACUUGUCCUAGGGAUUACCCAGAUACUCACAGGAAUUAUUGGGAUAGUUUUUGCAAUUGUGAUGGAUGCCACUGAUACAGACUAUGAGAUUUAUGUUAUUCUUAAGGCAUCGUACUGGACGGGAAUAUUGUACAUCAUUUCAGGAUCUCUGUCUGUGGCAGCUGCCAGGAAUCCAAAGAUGUCACUGGUGAAAGGCAUGCUGGGAAUGAAUGUUGUGGGUGCCGUCACAGCUGGCGUUGGGAUCAUAUUGCUUUGCAUUUCAUUAAUAUUUGACCGAAGGUAUUACUAUUAUGGAUGUGACUUCUCCGAAUCGGAAGCAGAUAUAAAAGAGUGUGCUAAUAAAAUGAUUUAUCACAAUACCAGGUAUGGGAUUCUUGCAGUUUUACUGGUUUUCGCCAUCCUCGAGUGCUGCAUCGCCAUUUCUACUGCUGCCUUUGGGUGCAAGACCGUGUGCCGAGAUGCCUAUACUGAAACGGUUGUGGUGGUUUAUCAGAACAUGGCCCCCAGCAGCACCGAUAACCAGACAGCUGUGUCCAAGGAUCCCAAGACUUUCUGAACUCUUGCUUCUUCAACUCCGCUCUUCUGAACUUCUGUCUCAUACUUCAACUCCCAGAGGAAGAAGAUGAAAUGUGUAUCUAUGAACUAAAGAGCUUUCUUAACUAA